GCCGCCCGCGCGCCGACUGCCCGCCGCGUCCUUCUGACAGUUGCGGCGGUGGCGAUGAUGCAAAGGAGGAGGGUGCUGCCGGCGGCGGUGCUGAUGGUGGCGAUCCGCGCCCGGGUGUGAUGCGAGCGUCAUGGUGGGGAUGCUGGCUUCGCGGCGGUGAGAGCGAGCGAGAGCGAGAGCCAGCCAGGGGCGGAAGACGGACUGUUGGGAUCUGGCUGCUGUGUGGGCUCCAUCUCUUUCUUGCGUCUCUCGCGCGCUUUCCCCCCUGUAUUUUGUUCUUGGCUUGCAUAUUUAACAUCUCUGGACUCCAUCCUCCCCCCACCACUGAAGUCUUCCCGUCUCUAAAUGGAAUUAGUGGAGAUCGGAGCCUCUGGUGUAAGGAACAGACAUGAUCUAUGGACGCAGUUUGUUUCACAUUGCAGCAAGUUUAAUCAUCCUCCAUUUGUCUGGGGCAACCAAGAAAGGAACAGAAAAACAAACCACCUCAGAAACACAGAAGUCAGUGCAGUGUGGAACGUGGACAAAACAUGCAGAGGGAGGUGUCUUCACCUCUCCCAACUACCCCAGCAAGUACCCCCCGGAUCGAGAAUGCAUCUAUAUCAUAGAAGCUGCCCCAAGACAGUGCAUUGAACUUUACUUUGAUGAGAAAUACUCUAUUGAACCGUCUUGGGAGUGCAAAUUUGAUCAUAUUGAAGUUCGAGAUGGACCUUUUGGCUUUUCUCCAAUAAUUGGCCGUUUUUGUGGACAACAAAAUCCACCCGUAAUAAAAUCCAGUGGAAGAUUUCUAUGGAUUAAAUUUUUUGCUGAUGGAGAGCUGGAGUCUAUAGGAUUUUCAGCUCGAUACAAUUUCACACCUGAUCCUGACUUUAAGGACCUUGGAGUUUUGAAACCCUUACCAGCAUGUGAGUUUGAGAUGGGCGGCCCUGAAGGAAUUGUGGAGUCCAUACAAAUUUUGAAGGAAGGCAAAGCUUCUGCCAGCGAGGCCGUGGAUUGCAAGUGGUACAUCCGAGCCCCUCCACGAUCCAAGAUUUACUUACGGUUCUUAGAUUAUGAGAUGCAGAAUUCAAAUGAAUGCAAAAGAAACUUUGUGGCUGUGUACGAUGGAAGCAGUUCUGUGGAGGAUUUAAAAGCUAAGUUCUGCAGCACUGUGGCUAAUGACGUGAUGCUCCGCACUGGUCUGGGGGUGAUCCGCAUGUGGGCAGACGAGGGUAGUCGAAACAGCCGAUUCCAGAUGCUCUUCACAUCCUUUCAAGAACCUCCUUGUGAAGGCAACACGUUCUUCUGCCAUAGUAACAUGUGUAUUAACAAUACAUUGGUCUGCAACGGACUCCAGAACUGUGUGUAUCCUUGGGACGAAAAUCACUGUAAAGAAAAGAGGAAAGCCAGCCUGCUGGACCAGCUCACCAACACCAGCGGGACUGUGAUUGGCGUGACUUCCUGCAUUGUGAUCAUCCUUAUUAUCAUUUCUGUCAUUGUACAGAUCAAACAGCCCCGUAAAAAAUACGUCCCAAGGAAGUCAGACUUUGACCAGACUGCUUUCCAGGAGGUGUUUGAGCCUCCGCACUAUGAGCUGUGCACCCUCAGAGGGACAGGGACGGCUGCCGACUUUGCAGACGUGGCAGAUGACUUUGAGAACUACCAUAAACUGCGGAGGUCAUCUUCCAAAUGCAUUCACGACCAUCACUGUGGAUCCCAGCUGUCCAGCACGAAAGGCAGCCGCAGCAACCUCAGCACAAGAGAGGCUUCCAUCCUGACAGACAUGCCCGCCCAGCCGGUCAAGCCCCUCGGUCCUCCCGUGAGCAGAAGGAACAUCCUCGUCAUGAAACACAACUACUCCCAAGAUGCCGACGCCUGUGACAUCGACGAGAUUGAGGAGGUGCCCACCACGAGCCACAGGCUGUCCAGACACGACAAAGCCGUCCAGCGGUUCUGCCUCAUUGGGUCUCUAAGCAAACAUGACUCUGAAUACAACACAACUAGGGUCUAAAAAGAAAAUUCAAGAAAAGAACUAUUUAUACAAACAUGGGGACUGUGAAAAGAAAAUUCUAUAGUGAAUUGUGAAAAGUGGACCUAUUUCUAAAUUCAUUCCACUGCCUUUAUCCAAACUUAAGAAUUACAGACAUUUGUUAUUUCUUCGGCAAGACAUCCCCGCUGCACAAUGAUAUGUUCAUUUCGUAAUUUGGUUGCUGGCCACCAAGUGCUCCUUAGUUUUUAAAUACAUUUUGAGAUUUACUGGAAACUUGAAGAAGAAAUUAGAUCCUGAUUAAGACGAUCCCAACUUUAUUUUUAUUGUCAGUUUCACUUUUGUUUCUGUGUUGGUUCUGUCUUUGUUAUGUAAUUGUACAUUGUGUGAUGUGUGGAAAACACAACCCUGGACGAACCUUCGGUUACAUGUAAUUGUUUUCAUUAUAUAGACUUCUUGAGAAUAGUGCGUUCCUGAGUGGUUUUGAACAUGCUACAGAGGAAAGUGAAAAUGUGGACCAUGGAAACACCAGCUAGAGGUUUUAUGGACUACACACCUAUUGUUUUAUUAUGAUUAAAUGCAGUAAAAAGUUAUGAGUCCAAUUACUAGAUUGCAAUAAGAAAAAUUUCAUUUUUUUUUUCUCUCCU